AUGUCUGACCCAUCUUCAUCCCGCCGAGGAGCUUUUAUCGUUUUUGAAGGACUCGAUCGAUGUGGAAAAUCAACACAGGUUUCCAAGCUUGUUGAACGACUAGAAAGGGAAGGUCGUAAAGCCAGAUUACAAAAGUUUCCAGAUCGAACGACGGCAAUCGGUAAGAUGAUUGAUGCAUAUCUGCAAUCCAAAGCAGAGAUGGAUGAUCAUGCUAUUCAUCUACUUUUCAGUGCAAAUCGAUGGGAAUGUGCGGCCGCGAUAAAGAAAGACCUGGAAAGCGGAAUAACAGUAAUAGCAGAUAGAUAUGCCUUCUCCGGAAUCGCAUUCUCAGCUGCCAAGGGAUUACCGUUUGACUUCUGCCUUCAACCCGAUACAUCUCUUCCUCUUCCUGACCUCACUCUGUAUCUCACUUUGCCACAAGAAGUAGCGUCGCAGCGAUCUCAAUUCGGCGAAGAGCGAUAUGAGACUAUAUCAAUGCAACAGGCGACUCGAGAACAAUUCGCAUUGGUAGCUCAACAAGUGACGUCACGGCAUGGUGAAUCCAAAUGGACACAAGUAGAUGCUAGCGGUACUAUAGAGCAAGUCGCAGAUCGAAUAUGGGGAUUAGUUGGAGAAAUAGCAGAUGGAAUUGAAGGAGACAUAGGAAGGUUAUGGGUAUAG